AUGUUCGCAGGCCUAAUCGUCUAUCGGGGUGGCCAACUGAACGAGUUGGAGAAGAGUGGGCUAUUGCGUCAACAAACGACGGAAGAAUCGUUCUUACCUCCCUUGCUCAUCACGAGCAGAACCAACCAUGCAAGGAUAGUUCCCGAGAAGCAUGCCUUCUCAUACUCUUACCUGUUUGUUGGGGUGCCCGUUGGAUUCCACGGCAGUGUCAAAGGUGUUUUGUCUGUUGAUAGCGAGCAUCCCGGCUGGUUCGACAUUCGCUCCAAGGACUUCCUCUUUCGUUCCAAGAUACAGCAUGGCAUAGGAGAGAAGUUGAAGCGUUACCUUCAUGCAAACGGAGUUACCGACAGAGACUAUGCGUUUGCAUAUCUUGUCACAGCACCUCGAUUUCUCGGCUACAGUUUCAACCCCGUUUCUUUCUGGUAUCUGUAUGAUUCCGACACAAAACUCAAGUACAUGGUCCUGGAAGUCAACAAUACCUUUGACGAAAGAAGGAUGUACCUGCUGAAGUCCGGAAACGCAAAGACCGCCAACGAAUAUAAUUCGGAUGGCCUCAAAACGCUGGUGUUCGAUACAUGGGAGAAGGACUUCCACGUCUCUCCAUUCAAUAGUCGGAAAGGAACCUAUUCUCUCAGAGCGAUUGAUCMGUUGGCAGCAUACGAGAAGACCGGCCACGUCAAGAUAGACAACACCAUUGUCCUCCGUUCAUCGAAAGACACUGCAAAGAUCGUUGCUCGCGUGAUGUCUGAAGGAACACCCGUGGACCCAGAAUCGAUAACGACUUUCCAACUGACCAAGUUCAUCAUUGGCUGGUGGUGGGUUGGUCUGGCGACAUAUCCUCGCAUUGUCUGGGAAGCUCAAAGGCUUUUUUUCCGGCGCAAGCUGCACGUUUGGUACCGACCCGAAACUGCUCCGACCAAUCUCGGAAGAAGUUAUAGUAAUGAUGAAGAACGACUGGAGGUCAUCUUUCGUGCCUUCCUUACGCACGUUGUCGAACGUUCCGACAAAGCACUCCGCGUCAUCUAUGAGCCGGCUCAUAAUGAAGAUGGCGAGAUCGUUCUAUAUUCCCCACGAUUCACCUACGAAGAAGCACACACCAGCACGGUCACUCUGAAGGUCCUGACACCGGCAUUCUACAGUCGAUUCGUGCAUUACGCUCACUCCAAAGAGGCUUUCGAUAGAGAGAGUCUCGCAACCGACGAAAGGAAUCGCACACUGGUCAUAGAAGGCGCUCAUGCACUCCCCAUCUUGCUGGACGCCAUGGAGGAUAUGAAGCAAUCCGUUAUCCCGCCGCCCCGAAGGCCCAAGUGGCUCGAGCGUCAACGAUGGAAGCUUCUGCGAAGUCUACGAUGUCCUCCAGCCGCUGCCAGCUACUCUUCCGAAGUGAGCAAGAUCGAUGAGCAAGACGCAUUGAAGGAUAUCCGCUCAUUCCCGCACUCCGAAUUGGAUCACUUCGUUCAACAGGAUGCCUCGUAUGUUGGACCGUAUUGUCGGAUUGUAAUUAGGCUGUUUGUUGCUGAGCGAUUAGUCUUUGGCAUACCUGCUUUGCUCUCACUUUGGGACUGGGUAGUUCGAGUCAUCCUGGUGUUGGUUCCCAUGAUUUACGCAGAUCACGUCGAUGUUUUUGACGAUUUGCGGCCACGACCUCUCCAGCGGUCAGACAUAUACAUAACCGGCGGAGCUUUUCUACUUGCCAACAAUGUCCACAUAUGGAGUUACAUCAAGGGCUGGGGAUGA